ACACGCACACACGUACACACGCACACGCGCAUGAAAACAGAUGACACAAAACAAUGUUAUCAUCAAUUUCGGGUGUACCUUUUUUCCCGUCCGUCUGCUAAUCGCUCUUGAGUCAUCAUCCGAUUGGGACUUUGCCUGGUACAGGCGUUAUCGAUCUCUGUCGCCGUGCGGUCAUUCGCUGCUUUAAUCGACAAGUGAAGGAGGAAGUUUGGUGUAGUGCCUGAACGGUCGCAAUCAUCUCGCUAAGAAGGAGAAGGAAACGAGGCAAAAUGGUAUCGUCACCCUCGGAACGGUUGGCCACGGAUUCGUCCGACACGACGGACGAGGAGCCGGAAAAGACGGAACCACCGAACACAGCCGAAUGCGACUCGCUGCACAGUGGCCGCCAGCUGGUGCACACCAUCCUUCCGAUCAAUGUGGACGUAAUGUUUGAGCUGCUCUUUUCCCGCUCCAAGUUUCUGACCGAGUUCCACGAGGUGCGCAAAACCACCGACAUGGUGCCGGGUGAGUGGAAGCUCAACAAGGACGGGCUGAAGGAGCGCGUCGUCACGCUUACCAUUGCGAUCACGCAAACGAUCGGGCCGAAAAAUGCCCACGUCACCGAGACGCAGGUGAUGCGCAAAUGCUCCUCGCCCGGGCAGCUGUACGCGAUCGAUGUGACGGCGGUGCAGGGCGGCAUCCCGUACGCGGACAGCUUCUACGUGACGCAGCACUACUGCAUGUCGCGCACGGUCGACAAUCAUACCGUGUUUUCCGUGCACGCCCAGGUCCACUACCGCAAGUCGAUCUUUGGCUUCGUGAAGGGCUUCAUCGAGAAGAACACCUGGGUGGGGCUGGAGGAUUUCUACACCUCGCUGUUGCGCAACCUGCAAAGCGAGUACUGCAUACCGCCGGCGAAGGGCAAGGGCCGCCGGACGCGCCGCAGCGGCCAUGGGCAGAGCAAGGCGAUGGAGGAGUCGCUCAUCCUGGCGGACCAUCAUCAUACCAAAGCGAAGCCGAUCCGGGUGCCCGCCAUUGUGGUGGGCGGUGGCGGUGUGGGUGGGAUUGGAAUUGGUGGUGGCGGUGGUGGUGGCGCUCCAUCGAAACCGGCCAGCAGUGGAUGGCGAUGGAUCGUCGCGUUCAUGCUGCUGGUGCUGAUCGUCGUCAAUACGACACUGUACGCGAAGCUGCUCGAGAUGGAGGAUAUGGAGCGGAUGUCCCGGUUGGAUAAUAGCGAGGAGCUGGACUCGCUGCUGCUAGCGAAGAGUGUCCGGACGCGCAACGACUGGCUAACGAUCUUCCAGCAGCAGGAGUCCCGGUACAACGACGAAAUGCUCGAAUGGCAGAAGGUCCUGUCCACGGUGACGGAGAUGCUGAACAAGGCGAGCGUGCUCUGCACCAAGCUAUGCCGGAUGCCGGACAAUGGUACGGCCAGCAGUGGCGCCAGUGGUGGGUAAGCCGCGCAAAAGGGUGGGAAGGUGGUUGUUUAUUUGGCUGUUCGUCUGUUCCUUGUUAUAGUAUUAAAAAGAAAAACGCGCUCGCUAGACGAUCGCAUAUGCCCCGUAUUCAAUUUCACCGUAGACGGUUCCAGGGAGAUGGCCAAGGGAGGAUAUGUACACUUUUAAUGUAAAAUAUACAUUUAUUUUUCUGUGAA